UGCACAGUUCAGUCAGUGAGAGGAGGCGCUCGUUGUUGCGACGCUACGCGGACGUGCGUAAAAUACCAAAAUCACUUUCUAUUUCACUGUCAUUGAAAAACGGAUUCGGUGACGAGCAUAAGAUAAGGUUGAGGAGGUUAGACGGGACGUUGUCACUGGAAACACGCCUUUCCUCUCCAAGCUGCUGUCGCUCAGGUGGACCUGAGCUGGGCAGCGGGCAACGGCAAGGACACGACACCCGGGUAUCCCACACAUCGCUUCUCUCGCUGUGCUUUAACGUUCUCAUCGGAUCUAGAUUGUCCAUCCGGAUUGUUCACCGUCUCAGAAACAGUUUAGACAGAGAGUGAGUCUCCGUGACUCCAAAGCCGGCGAGACAUCCUGACAGCUUGGGGGACGGCUCGGAGCGCCUGGACUCAUUGACAUUACAGGCAGACUUUUCUGGACCACUUUUUUUUCUUCUUCCGACGUCGCUCGGCCGCUGCGCGUUGGAGGACUUGUGGCUUCCCGGGCGCUCGGGGAAGAGAACAGUGCUGGUCCAGAGGGUGCCGGGACUAUAGGGCGCUGGGUGAUUUUCUAACUCUGCCCUGGAUAUUAGUCACUGUUGUGGAGGAUGAAUUGUGCCAGUGUUAGGUGAUAACGCAACGCAAGUACAAUGACUAUUCUGUUUGGAGGAGAGCGGACUGCCAUUAUUGCUCCAAUGAGUCCGGGUACUCAGCUGAAUAUCAAUUAGGAUCGUCGGGAGAGAGCGGAGAGCGAGGGAGAAAAAGACAAUCAAAGGUGGAUCUCCGGGACCACACACAAUGAACACAAGUGGUUGUUUAGCGCUGAGUACACAUAAUACCUUGGCCCGUCACAUCAACAGGUCGGAGUAAACACACAAAGGUUAUCAACGUUCUUGCGGAAGAGGGGGAUGUAUCUUUCUAUUUUCUUUUUCCUACUGUUAUGGGCUCAAGCCCUGACGCUGAAAAACUUAAAUUAUUCUGUCCCAGAGGAGCAAGGGCCAGGGACGGUGAUCGGAAACAUUGCCAAAGAUGCAAGAAUUGGGCUGGAGCAGACGGGGCAGGGGCAGGCGAAAAAAGCAAAUUUCAGAGUGCUGGAGAAUUCUGCCCCGCAUCUCAUUGACGUUGACCCCCAAAGCGGACUUCUUUACACCAAACAGCGCAUCGACAGAGAAACACUGUGUCGCAGGAACCCAAAGUGCCAGCUCUCCAUGGAGGUGUUUGCCAACGACAAGGAUAUCUGCAUGAUCAAAAUAGACAUCCAAGACAUAAACGACAAUUCUCCAACCUUUACCUCCGACCAGAUUGAUAUUGACAUUUCAGAGAAUGCAGUCCCAGGCACACGCUUCCCUUUGACCAACGCGCACGACCCGGAUGCAGGGGAAAACGGUCUUAAAACCUAUCAAAUAACCCGGGACGACUACAAUCUAUUUUCCUUGGAGGUUAAAUCCCGAGGGGAUGGCACUAAAUUUCCAGAAUUAGUUAUUCAACGGCCCUUGGACAGAGAGGAGCGCAGCCAUCACACGCUAAUUCUAUCAGCCACGGACGGCGGUGAGUACCCCCGGUCAGGCACGAUGCAGAUCAAUGUUAAAGUUAUUGAUUCGAACGACAACAGUCCUGUGUUUGACCAGCCUUCAUAUGUCGUGGAAAUCCCAGAAAAUUCCCCCCCUGGUAAAGUACUUAUUGAUUUAAACGCCACUGAUCCUGACGAGGGCAACAAUGGUCAGGUUGUGUAUUCUUUUAGUGGCUAUGCCCCAGAGAGGAUCCGGGAGCUGUUCUCCAUAGACUCUAGGACGGGGAUCAUAAAGAUCCAGGGGGAGAUUGACUACGAAGAGAGCCCAAUUAUUGAGAUUGACAUCCAGGCCAAGGAUUUAGGGCCCAACCCCAUUCCCGGUCAUUGUAAAGUGACUGUGAAAGUGCUGGACCGGAAUGACAACUGGCCUUAUAUAGGCUUCGUGUCUGUAAGACAGGGAGCGAUCAGUGAGGCGCGACCCCCGGGCACCGUUAUCGCUCUCGUUCGCGUCACUGACAAAGACUCCGGCAGGAACGGCCAGCUGCAGUGCAGAGUGCUGGGCAACGUCCCAUUUAAACUUGAGGAGAAUUAUGACAAUUUAUACACGGUGGUGACGGACCGACCGCUGGACCGAGAGGUCCAGGACGAGUACAACGUCACCAUCGUGGCCAAAGACAAUGGCAUCCCUCCCCUGAACUCCACCAAGUCCUUCACCGUGAAGAUUCUGGACGAGAACGACAAUGUUCCACGCUUCACCAAGGUGGUGUACCUGCUUCAGAUCCCCGAGAACAACAUCCCCGGGGAGUACCUGGGCUCGGUUCUAGCUCACGACCCCGACCUGGGCCAGAACGGCACGGUGUACUACAGCAUUAUUAAUUCCAACGUCAGCGGCGGGGACGUCAACACCUAUGUCAACGUCAACGCCGCCAAUGGUGCCAUCUAUGCGGUGCGCUCCUUCAACUAUGAGCAGAUCAAAUACUUUGACUUCAAAGUGUUGGCGAAGGACGCCGGUUCGCCCCACCUUGAGAGCAACACCUCAGUGCGCAUCACCGUGCUCGACGUCAAUGACAACAUCCCGGUCAUCGUCCUGCCGCUGCUGCAGAACGACACUGCCGAGAUCCACGUCCCACGGAACGUGGGCGUGGGCUACAUCGUUACCACGGUGAGGGCAGUGGACAACGACUACGGCGAGAGCGGGCGGCUCACCUACGAGAUCUCUGACGGGAACGAAGACCACCUGUUUGAGAUGGACCCGGUGACGGGGGAAGUGCGGACCGCCCACCCGUUCUGGGAGGACGUGAACCCCGUGGUGGAGCUGAUCAUCCGGGUGAUGGACCACGGCAAGCCCACGCUGACCGCCGCUGCGCGCCUCAUCGUCAAGGCCUACAACGGGCCGGUGGCGGGAGGCGAACCCAGGAUCAACGAGGAGAACCGCAACUGGGACAUGUCGCUGCCGCUCAUCGUCACGCUCAGCAUAAUCUCCAUUAUGCUGCUUGCUGCCAUGGUAACCAUCGCCAUCAAGUGCAAGCGGGAAAACAAAGAGAUACGCACGUACAAUUGCCGCAUCGCAGAGUACUCGCACCCGCAGCUCGGGAAGGGCAAGAAGAAGAAGAUCAACAAGAACGACAUCAUGCUGGUGCAGAGCGAGGUGGAGGAGCGGGACGCCAUGAACGUGAUGAACGUGGUGAGCAGCCCCUCCCUCGCUACUUCCCCCAUGUACUUUGACUACCAGACCCGCCUUCCACUCAGCUCCCCCAGGUCAGAGGUCAUGUACCUCAAGCCCACCGCUAACAACCUCAGUGUACCCCAGGGGCACGUGGGGUGUCACACCAGCUUCACCGGCCCAGCCACCAGCACCACGGAAACGCCCGCCAACCGCAUGUCAAUCAUCCAGACGGACAGCUUUCCCACUGAGUCCAACUACAUGGGCAGCCGCCAGCAGUUUGUUCAGAGCAGCUCCACGUUUAAAGACCCGGAGCGCGCCAGCCUGAGGGACAGCGGACACGGAGACAGCGACCAGGCAGACAGCGACCAGGACACCAACAAGGGCUCCUGCUGCGACAUGUCGGCCAAGGAGGCCCUCAAGAUGAAGGCCACCGGCGUCAAGCCGCCCCCUCUGGAGCAGGACGAGGACUGUGUGAAUUGUACGGAGGAGUGCCGGGUGCUAGGUCACUCGGACCGCUGCUGGAUGCCCCAGUUCCCAGCGGGGGGUCCGCAGGCAGAGGGAGGCGACUACCGCACUAACGUGUUUGUCCCAGCGGGGAUGGAGGCGGCGCCCGAGGCCGACUCCUACGAGACGGUCAACCCCAACGGCAAGAAGACCUUCUGCACCUUCGGCAAGGAGCGGCGCGACCACACCAUCCUGGUGGCCAACGUCAAGCCCUACCUGAAGGCCAAGCGGGCCCUCAGCCCCCUCCUGCAGGAGUCCUCCUCCGCCCCGGGGAGCCCCACCAAGGGCUGCUCCUCCUCUUCCACCGCCUCCCCCUCCUGCGCCAUCGUCAAGAGCCCGGCGGACGGGGCGGAGGGCAAGCCAGCCCCGCCCCCCUGCUCCUCCGGCCACUACGGCCCCCCCGACGGCCAGAACCUGUCCCCCGCUAAGCCGGCGCGGGACCAGGGAGCCUACCCCCCAUCCUGCGACCCCGUGGCCAAGGUGCUCGCCGAGGCCCGGUCUCGGAUCAGCCAGGGGGCGGAGCCAGAGAGGGGUCGCGACCCCGCGGACCCUGAGCCGACGGCCCGGGACAUAGACCAGCUGCUGCAGGACUGCAGAGGCGGUGAGGCCGGGGGUAUGCUCAGGAAGUGACACCACGGCCCGCCACACAUAGGGGGGGGGGGGGGAGGCGUGAGUAAAUAAAUGUGGAAUCUCUUGCCAAAAGAUGCCGGGAUGUUUGGCGUUAAGUUGACUCCUGAUCUUCUGGUUCUGAGCGGGAGGUGGUUGGACAACAAGCUUAUGUUGAUAUUGUGAAUUUUGUUGCACAAAGGUUGGAAGUGCGAACUCCAAACCAACAACAUGAACAGAUAACUGCGAACAAUGCUGAUGACUUUCUAAACUAUUUUUUUGGAUUCUUUAACACGGGAGGAUUAUGCUUCCGCAACCGCCCAGCUUUUAUCUAAGUGCCCGCCAACAUUCAUCUGUGUGUUGUUCCAUCGUCUCCUGUAAAGCGCUCAUAUCCACACGUGUGUGUGUGUGUGUGUGUGUGUGUGUGUGUGUGUGUGUGUCGUUGGACUUGUGGAAGUGUUUUCAGCCAGCAGCCUCGAGGGACUAUGACCCUUUACGGUCAAACCUGACAAUCGGUGGAGGGACGCAGUCGACACACACGCUAAAGACACGCGCAUCUGGGACUGUAAUAUUGGUGUUUAACGUGUUAAAGCUAUUGUAUCAGAAAGAAAAAAAAAAUUGGUUCUUCUAGGGGAGUUCUUGUCAGGGAUAAGAGGGUGAAGGGACUGAAGGACUGAAGAGGAGAAUAAUAUUCUGUGUAAAACCAUCUUUCACUCAUUUAUAUCCUUGUGCUGUUAUCCACGCUCGCUAUUUAUACACUCUGGUAUAGCUGUGCACACAAACAAAGAUACACACACUUAUAUGCGCAGACACAUGCACACAAAGUUGUGUAGCUGUUCACACAAAUACUCUGACGGUUGCAUAUACUGAUAAACAUAAACAUGCACAUACACACAGACACACACGCAUACGCAUACACUUAAACACACAUGAACAUGUACUUACACACAGACACACACGCACACACAUACACUUUAACACACAUGAACACACAUGCACUACACAAAUACACAUGUUCUAAUGCAGGCAGAGCCACGCCCCCAGCUCGUCAUGUGUGUGAUUGUCUUCAGCCGUUCACCACCAAUCUCUCCACUAAUCUCACUGCUGCUCUUUCUACCGAUCCCUGUACCGAUCUCCCUACCUAUUACUACCAAUCUCUCUACUGAUCUCUCUACAGAUAUCUUUACAGAUGUUUCUACCGAUAUCUCUACCUGUCUCUCUACUGUUCUCUCUACCCAUCUCUUAAACCAAUCUCUUUAUCAAUCUCUUGCUCUCUCAGUCUCUACCUUUCUACUGAUUCAUCGUGCGCAGUGACGGUUCAUGUGUCUGACUCAGCCUAUAGGCUUUCACAAUCUUGUAUAAAAAGGGACAUUUUUCCUCCUCAACUGUGAAAACACAUAUCUAUAUGAUCAUUUAGAUUGAUAUAUGUAUGAUUUCAUGUAUAGCGUCAAGAUUAUAGCAACAUAUUUAUACAUUUUGCUAAGGAAAAAAAGGAAGAGGAUAAAUCGGAGCGUGUCCUGGAGGUGAAUGGUUAUUUAUUGUACAUUGCGAAGGACACUGCCAUCGAAAAACACCUGAAUAUGAAAAAAUGUCCCUUCACAUUAUCACAAAGCAUAUAAUCAUUCAGUGUGUAAAUGUUCCCAAUCUAAAUGUGUUUACAUAAAAAAAAUGACAUAUUUUUAUUGAUUUUACUGCAAUUUCUGUGCAUUUGAGCCAAAUCGUGAUGUGUACAAAAGCUAUAUUGUGUAUUUUAUUAAAUUAAUAUAUAGUUGUGUUGCAAUAUACAUUGGCUUAUAUUGUAUUUUGGCAAAGGUUGCCUUAGUAGCCGUCGAACUCUGUGAGUUUGCUUUAGUCCGGGUUCCUGGCAGUUUUCCCCCUUCCUACUCCUUUCCUCCUUCUCCUCUGCCUGUCGCGGGCUAUAAUGCUCAAAACCUGAAAACCUGCAAGUCCAAAAACACAGUCGCUGUUCAAUCCUUAAUCUGCUCUCCCAGAACACAACCCAACUAACGAGGACAAAGACAGCAACGGCCACCACAACAACACUUCUUCAAGUAUUUUCUACGGAGCAGGGUUUUACCGGGCAGCUAUCUUUCUUUAAUGACGACUACUACCAGUACUGUGUGUGUUUUGUGUUUAUUUUCCUUUGUUUCCACACAUAAAGAAAAGGAGGAGAAACGUACCACUGCCUUACCGUGUGUGCAGAGAGCUUGUUGUGUCUGUGGAGCUUGUGAACGCUUUCAAAGCCCUGGUCUGCCACAAUGUGCAUUUUAUAUUCCUGACAAAACAAAAAAACGAAACAGGUGUCCAUGUUGUCUAUGUAUGUAUAUCCUUCACAACGUUUAAAACUCCUGACUUUUACGGAGAGAUUUGACACAAAAAUAACUCUGGAAUCUGUUUUGGUAAACCGUUUCUGUGAAUCAUGAUUCCACACAUUCUCUCACUUUGUUGAGCUCAAUAUAAAUAUUUAUUUUUAAUAUUCUGACACAUUUUUCGGGCCGCCCUCUGAAACAACAAUAAGGGGAUUUGUCUUACCUUCACGGAUAAUAAUGUAGGUGUAUCCAUGGGAUGUAAGAUAUACUAUAUGUGUAUUCAUAUAUAUAUAUAUAUUAGAGCUGUCAGUUAAACGCGUUAUUAACGGCGUUAACGCAAACCAAAUUUAACGGCGUCAAAAAAUGUAACGCGCGAUUAACGCAAUUUUUUUUUCUUUGCCUCAAAACAAAGAAGCAGUAGCCUGACUGCUAUGUUCAAAUGACAUUUGUUCAAUGCAGUCGUUUAAUUGCACUAUAGGCUCUUUUUUUGUAUCAUCCUGUUUUGAUCAGUAUAUGCCAAUGUUGUUAUCAAUAAAAAAUCAUUUGCACAAGGCAAGCCGAUGCACUUCACCAUGUUGAUAAGAGAAUUAAAAUGAGAAGAAUUAUGGGACAAAAAAAUCAAGGGAUAUUUAGCAUAGAAAAAUAAUUUGCGAUUAAUCGUGAGUUAACUAUGACAUUAAUGCGAUUAAUCACGAUUAAAUAUUUUAAUCGCUUGACAGCUCUAAUAUAUAUAUAUAUGUGCAUACCGUAUAUACGUCCAUAUGGGCCUUGGAAAGUGAAAUAUCAGCCCAGAGUGGCGCCAUCCACUUGUCAGUGGUUGCCGGUGUAUUGAUUCUGUGCGUUGGGGGGGGGGGGGUUGGCCGUAGGGGAAACAUAAACCUCACAUUCUCGACUAAAACACAUCUCAUAGUGCAGCUCUCAUAUCCUGCCUGCUCUCUCAUCCGUGCGCCUGAAACGGCGUGCUUUCGACAGACGCUCGAACGCCGGGAUACUUUGGAUAAUAAAGGCAGGGUAGAAGGGGACUUCACAGCAACUGAAUCAACCGCUCUGUGUUCUGUACACGGAGCCAUGCAGCCAUAGAUAGACAGCAGACGGGCUUUCUAAACCCUGUGCUUUAAUAGCACACAGCACGGCAACUCUGUCAUCUCAGUCUUCUUCCUCGCCUCACGCCAUUUUACUAUUUUCACCACUAUUUCCCUCCGUCCCGGCUCUGGAGACGGGAAGAAACAGUUUAUUUUGCGUCCUCCUCCCUGACUGGCUGGCUGGCUGGUGUGGGCUCUGUGUGUGGCGUCAGGGUAUGUUUUAGAGAGGCUGGAGGGCCGAACCAGCCGCAGAAUAACAUGUUUGUGUUCAUUUCUAAAUUAGAUUUUUUUUUUUUUUCUCUGCUGUCUCUCCAACAGCCGGAGACGUGAGGCGCUUGACAUUCUGCUGGCAGACAGCAACACGUAAUGAAAGAGAACGUACGUCCCUGUACGCGCAUAGACACUCACAGAGAGCUGCCAGCCACACAUACCCGACACAGACACACCCAUAUACCUCGAUACAUUCACCCACAUACUCACACGCACACAUACACAACUGAAUGCACAAGCACACACAUACACAAGACACCUAUGGACAUGCGUAUAAACACAAACGCACACACAUUGCUGCAGACAGACAGACGCACACACACCUGCAUAUUUACACUCAUACACAACCACACAUACACACACUCCUUCAGGAAACCUUGAAGCCCACACACAAAAACCAGCAAUCCAGACGAUGCAUUCUCCAACACACACACACACACACACACACACCCACACAGUGAGUCAGGUGUCUGGGAGGUUCAUGCGUGUGUCCCAUCAGGUUAUCCGUGUGUUGUUUGAGUUAGCAGGCAUCGAGGAGGGGUGAACCGCUGAUUCCUAUCGCAAUGCCAACGCAGGCUCAUGUGUUCAUACCUUCUGUGGGUUUGUCUGUCUGUAAAUCGAUCCCCUCAAACCCUGAGCCAUCCCCUCGUCGAUCCGUCCACCCCAUAAUCAGUCCAUCUGUACUCUGUGGGACAUCAUCAGAGAGGUGUUGGACUGUACAGGCACACCCCAAUACCUUGGGUUUCAACCCGGCAACCCAGCACACAAUGAGCCAUUUCCCUGAAGUGGAAGGUAUUCAACUUCUCUCUCUGGUUCUCUUCUGUCUCCUUCCCUCCCUUGAUCUCUCUUUUUUCACUCAACUUCCCUCUCCCUCAAUCCCUCCCCAUUUCCCCCCCUCUCUCUCUCUCUCUCUCUCUCUCUCUCUCUCUCUCUCUCUCUCUCUCUCUCUCUCUCUCUCUCUCUCUCCCCUCUCCCUCUCCCUCUCCCUCUCUUUCUCCCUCCCUCCCUCUCCCCAGCCCAACCUCUUGUCCCCAUCCCCUCCUCUAUCCAUCUCCCUCCCCCUAUCUCUCUUCCUCCCUUUCUUUCUACCCCCACCCUCCCUUGCUCUGACUCCCACAUCCUCCCCUCCUCCCAACCCACCCCAGCCUCUAGUCCGUCAACAGCCCCCCUGGCCUGCUGAGGUCAGCAGUGUGCUGGCUAGCAGACAUGAUGCAGGCUCUCUCUCAUUAUUCUGUAAUUACAGGCUGGAGGAUCGGUCCAGGCUGUAUUCCAGAUCGCAGUAUUUCUGGACACUUCACACUUGAUUUUUACCAAGUGAUUAAAAAAGAGGCUUGUUGUCCCCCCCCUCCUCCGUCUCCUUCACCUCUUCCUCCCAUCUUGUCCUCCUCUCCUUCCCUCUCCCCUCCUUCUCAUCCCUCCCUCCCCUCCAAUGCCCCUUCUCUCUUAUGCUCCUCCCCUAUUCUCCCAUUGUUGAUGCAACCGCUGUCGGAGUCAGAAAGGCAGUCUGUGAUUCACCGGCCCAAUAACAACACACCGUAAUGCCAUCUUUUUUAUUUGAAACAAGCAUCUGAUGUUUGUUAUCUUCUGGUUCUCCCAUCCCUCCUCCUUCUCCUCGCCAGCCCUAUAUGGCUUGGUUGUCAGGGUUGACUGGCUCAGCUGGUGAAAAAAAAGAGCAGGAACAUUCAUUUUGUGUGGACUAUUUCAACUGCUAUUGUCUAAAGCUGUGUUCAUUGUGAUCUAUCUGGAAAAAAAUGAUGAAAUGACUAAAUAAAAACAUGCUAUUACUAA